CUCAUUCCUUCACUCGCCUUCGCAUCGAUCGCAUCUCUCCUCCACGCACACGCUCUCAACGUGUUAUACCACGUGCUGUCUUGAGUUCACUCGUGUUCACCAUGAACGAUCAUCUGCUGAUGGGAAAUGUGGAGUACUGCGGGGAGCAGCCCAUGUCACGGACCUACCAGUACCGCAAGAUGAAACCGUUGCUUGAGAGAAAGAGACGAGCUCGGAUCAACCGUUGUCUGGACGAGCUGAAAGAUCUCAUGGUUGGAGCCCUUCAGUCGGAGUCCGAGGGAGAGAACGGGCAAAAGCUGGAGAAGGCGGACGUCCUCGAGCUCACCGUCAAAUACCUCAGGAAGCUCAAGGCACAGAACCGACUUCUCGCCCCGGGUCACGGUCAUGGCCAAGGCCAAGGUCAUUCGGUUGAUCGUUUUAAGGCCGGCUUCACCCAAUGUGCCACGGAGGUUAGCCGGUGCCUGAGCACCCUGGAAGGAGUGGACAUCCACCUCGGUGCGCGACUCAUGACCCAUCUCGGACACUGCGUGAAUCAGAUGGACGGUCGCCCGACGUCACCACCGUCGAGGUGCCUCACGCCUCCCAUGUCACCUCCCAUGGACCUGGAUUACCCUGUGACCACUCUCAGGGGUUCCUAUUACCUAAUGCCCGUCCAGGACAAGAUGAAACACUCGGCCCUCGACCUUGCUUCCGCUUCGGAACGCGUCUGGAGACCGUGGUGAAGGACACUUGUCUCUACGCCCUACGCCUUUCUUGCUUUUAUCUCUUACUAUCAGACUCUCCUACCUUUACCUGUUUGGUUUUUGUGAGCUGGCAAGCACCACAUGUGCCUUAUGAUUUUGCCACCAU